UGUAGAGAGUUUGAGACUUGUAAAGUCUAAGCAUUAUGUGUGUCUAUAUAUAUGUGCACACAGGAAACCUCGACCUGUCUCUCAGCUGGUUGCACAACAGGUUCCUCAGCAAUUCGUGCCCCCUACACAAUCAAAGAAAGAGAAAAAAGACAAAGUAGAAAAGGAAAAAAGUGAAAAGGAAACAACAAGCAAAAAGAACAGUCAUAAGAAAACCAGGCCAAGAUUGAAAAAUGUGGAUCGAAGUAGCGCUCAGCAUUUGGAAGUUACUGUUGGAGAUCUAACAGUCAUAAUUACAGACUUUAAGGAGAAAACUAAGUCACCACCUGCUUCCAGUGCUGCUUCUGCAGACCAGCACAGUCAGAGUGGCUCCAGCUCUGACAACACAGAGAGGGGAAUGUCCAGGUCGUCUUCACCCAGAGGAGAGGCAUCAUCGCUGAAUGGGGAAUCUCAUUAAAGUUUAUUUCCUCCAGUUUCUUUAGUCUCUUCUCUUCAAAACAUGCAAAUACAUAACUUCUGUCACCUGUUACCACAUUUUCAUGACAGAUUAUCCGUGCAUAAUUGGUAUGUUGACUGAAACAUAAUUUAUGCAGUUUUAAAAAAAAAAGAAAAAGAAAAAAUGCAGUGGUAGGAACAAUAAUUUAAAUCCAAUCUACAAGUGCUUACAAGGCAUUUUCAGACCAACUUUUUAAUCUUCAUGUGUAAAGUUGCCAUGAAAAUGUGGUUUGAAUGUUCAUUAUGCAGUGUUAUCGGUAAGUCCAUUUUCACUUUUAGUUUAGUGAAUUCUAACACAACUCUUGAAGUCUCUACUAUUGGCAUGUACUGAAUUUAAAUUUUUAUAACAUAGUUCAAGCUGCCUAAAUAUGUAUUAUUUGAGAAUUGUGAAACAUAGUUAUAUGUAUGCAAGUCAGAGAUCAACUUAAUCAACUAUUGCUGCAACAGAAUUUUCAUAAUUAUCUUCUUAAAAACACCUGCUGGUACUUGGUGUGGUUAAAUAGGAAAAAUGUUAUUAAAUGAAACAUUUGUAUAAAUUUUUGCCAAUGUUUGACACAUUUUACUAGAUUACUGUUACGGAAUUAUGUUGAUGGUUUUACCAAUAUUUUUUCACACUUAAAACACUUAUUGUAAUGUUUACAAGCAAAAUAGAAAACACAUUCUAAGCAUUGAUUGGUUAACCUUACAGUUCAGGUAAAGUACUACAUUGUCACUGUACACUGGUAUUCUAUGUUGUAUAACAAAUAUGGAACCUCAGAUGACUAUGCAUUUGGCAAAAACUAACAUUUGGAAAUACAAAAAUUUGGAAAAGCUUUAAAAAUUACAGUAAUGCAGUUCUCAUUUCUGCUUAGUGCUGUUUCCUUGCCCCAAAUUUAUCUAGUGUCAUAUAGUCACUUAUUUAAUUACAGGACUAUCAAGUGGUGCACAAGAAUAAGUAAAUAACAAUACUAUUAAUUUUUUGUUCCUGACUCAAUUUCUUUACUUUUGAUUUGGCCUAUUAGAAUAUAUUAUAUCAUAAAUCAUAUGAAAAAAAACUCAGUACCCUACUUUAUGGCAUAAACUGUCAACAUUUAUGCACUUAGCAAUAUACUGAUACAGAGCAGAGCUAUCUACAAUCCCAUCUGGUAUUGUGUAAAAUUACCAAUAAAAUAUUUUUGUGAAUACAGAUUUUGCAUUUUUGUUUACAACCAAUAAGUGUUUUGAUACACAUAUACAAUCCAUGUAUAGAUUUUAAGUUAUAGGUUCAGGUUCAGUACAAAAGUCCAUUUAGCUCCUUUUAGUGAGGUAGUCCACUUACACUCCUAUGAUUCUUUUAUUUUUCAUUCAAAAUAAAAAUAUUUUUAAGCCCAUGUAAAAGUUGGAUGGACAUUCUUAGUAGUGAAUCCAGCCCCAAAUUAUUACCAACGUAUGAUAUGUCUUAACAGCUGAAACAUGGAUUUUUGUAGCCCCUGACAAUUGUGAUGUUUGGUGGUUUCUUGUAGUAAUGUAUUUUUCUGUUUUUAAUGCAGUACUUCUACAGGCACAAUGGUACUGUUCUAUUUUGUAAGAUGCUAGUUGUGAAAUACAGUUAGUUGCAUAAAAUGAAAGUCUGAUGUGAUAUCUGAGAACAUACAUACCUCAUUCCUUGGUGUUGCUGUUUAAACUUUUUAGACAUCAAAUGUUAAUUAUAGGCUAUUUCAGAUGGAUAACUACUGACCUGUUUAUUAUGUAUUCUGCUUUAUCUUACUAAAUAGGAUGUCUGUUCAUUGCCGUUACCUGGCCAAAUCUUAGUAUCUGUAAAA